AUGACAGCACUCGACGGAGUCAUAAACGUAAACUCCCUCUUCACCUUAGCCAUCUUCGUGGGCCUAUCAUUUGCAUCUCCCGGUAAAAAAACUCUCAACACCCGCCAAAGUUGUCAGCCUGGAAUCUUAACCUUGAAACAUCUUGUUGUCUUUGAAGUUCUUUCUUUCAGUUUCCUCCUUCUCUCAUCACUGGUCGCACAAGCCUUAAAGCUCUCUAUCAGCCUUCUCAGCAGUGCAGAAGUCGGUGAUGGAUUCAGCGUUCACGUUAAUCGUAGACUUUUGAGGACUGGAAUGCUCAUGACUGCUAUUUCCUCAGUGAUGGGGUGUUUGUUUCUGAUGGUUUCAAUGUUGAAUGUGAUUGAGAUUAAACUAGGGUUGUUGUCAUGUGGAGCUAAAUCUACCAUACUUGCAGUUACUUCCUUGGUCAUUUUAGUUGUAUCUGGUGCACUACCAGAUGAUGGAGCAGGUCCAGUUGGCUUUUGCUGA